AAGGUAGGUGGCGCCGCGGCGGCUGCCAGCGGACGGUGAAGGAACUACACGGGGGAAGGCCUUGACGGGCUUAUCACUGAUAAUUAUUUGGUUAAAAACUUCACACACAUCUAGUUUAUCAAGUGCAUGCACACUGCUUGUAAAGAAGGAAGACUUCCUGCAUCUGAACUGAUGGAGAGUAAGAGAAGCAGUGAUGCAAUAAUGGAAGACCCUGUGACUGCUGUGGUUAAAGACAUGGAAGAACACGUGGACACACAACAUGUGUCUACACAGUGCCUUGAGAAUAUUAUAGCCGAGGAAGAAACCACGAAAAAAGAAUGUGCAGUUAUACCGAACAAGUCGAAGACAAAAGUGGAGGAGCAGUCAUUGGGAAAAUUUGAUAUUAAGCUCCUAAUUCAGAAAGAUACGAGAAAGGAUGGACUACAGGAUACCUUGGAGAGCAUCAAGACAUUUACAAAGGAAGUUGGCGAGUUACCCACUACAGCAACUUGUAGAAGCAUUAUUGAGUUUGAACUCCCAUUAGAUGUACCCUGGUGGAACAAUAAAGAUGACAUUUGCCUGAAGCAAAAGAUAAGAGACAUUGCAAAUUACCAGACAAAGUUCAAAACUAACUAGACUGAGGGGUUUGAGCCUGAACCUGAAGUGCCUAUUGUUGAGGAAAUUGUUACUCUGGGCCGGAAAUUGGGCUUGGAGUUGAAUGAUGCUGAUGGGGGAGGAGUUGGUGGAGGAAUACAGUGAAGAACUCCUAACCCUUCACAAGGAGCAGUUGAGGAAAUUUCUUCAGGGGAGGAGGAGGCAGUACAGAAUGUCCCUUUCUCAACAAUUAGGAAGUGAUGUAGACUGUGGGAAGAAAUGCAAACAUUUGUUGAAAUGACUCGCCCAGAGCAAGCUGUAGUAGGCCGUGGCAUUAACCUUUUUAAUGACACUAUUGUCUAGUGAGGCAAGUGUUACAACAAAAGGAAAACAAUCCUCUAUGGAUAGAUUUUUAGUGAGAAAAUCAAGCAAUGAGCCACAAGCAGGUCCUAGUGGUAUGCAGACAAAACGUGCCAGAAAAAGUGUACCCAAGAGAAGACAUCACUGCCUGAUGUUGUAAUGGAAGAGGACUCCCCUUUCAAACACUAACACCUCUCCUCCUCUCGACCCCCCCCCCCCCCUCCUCACUAUCUUCCAUACGCCAACAAGUCAUCAAUAAAGUUAGGCAAUAACUUGUACAUACUGUACUUAAGUACUGAAGAUUUGGGUGAAUUAGGCAUAAAAUUCACUUUGAAAUUAAUUUUUUGGGGCGUGUAGAACAUAUUAAUUCAAUUUACAUUGCAGUAUUUCUUAUGGGGAAAAUUCACUUCGGUUUACAAAUUUUUGGCUUACCAAGAGGAAUAAAUCACAAAAGGUGAAAUUUUUUUUUAAUGAACAUUAUUAAUGUUCAGUGUGCAAGGAGUGGAAGAAAAUGAGAGAAUGAACAUCAAUUUUAAUGUAUGAAUAGUAGUAUGGUGUAAUGAAUAACUUCUUUUAAUGCACUUCAAGUGUUUGUGUAAUUGUAAAGAAUAAAAUGGCGAUUGUUAUCCAUGGGUACUGUCAAAUGACAGUAGUGAGAAUUAAUUUUUCUGUAGUUUAGGGAGAUCAGUAUGAUACCUAGGACUACUAAAAUAUAGAAUGUAGAUCCUGAUUAAGACGCACAGUAAUGGUGUGCCACGAAUUAAUUACUGGCUGAAGAUUGGAAGAUAUAUGUACUAAUAAAUAUACUAAUAUUUAAUAAAUACUAAUAAAUAUUUUAAAUACACUAAACAUGGAAAGAAGUGAAUAAUGAAACUGUACCCAAGAACUUAAUUGAUUAUGUACUUGUUAAGAGUAUACUCUGGUAUGUGUGCGAGAUAUAAGCAGAGAGGAGUAUUUGGAGGCUUGCCUGAUCAAUGUUGAUGUUUUGUAAGAGAUUCUCAAGUAGUGAAAGCAUCCACCCAUAUACUGUACUUCCACCACUGUUGGGUGAAAGCUAUCAGCGUUCUGUUUAAUAUGUAACAUCUAUCGUUUUUAUGACCAAACCACAACUCAGAAGAUGGAGAAGUGAUGUUGUCACUUCAUCUUCCAAGUUGUGGUUUGGUCAUUUUGUCAGCCACGUUGUCACAUCGUCUGCAUCCUUCACUUUCAACCAAUGGUGCCCACUGGGUGGGCACCAUUGUUUACCAAAAGGUAAAAGAAUACAUGCUGAGAAGCUUCAGAGAGAAACAACUGGUAGAUGAGUACCAAAGUUUAAGGUGAUCUUGAGGAAAGACAAAUGAACAAUACAGCCCAUAUAGGUUGAAUAUAAGAAGUGGGCAGUAAAGAAUGCCAAGGUAAUUAUCAGGAGAGAAUGCUAGGCCAGUACUUUGAAGGGAUGAGGAUAAGGAUUUGGGAUAGGACAGAGGGCAAUUACUGUAUCAGGAAUUGAGCUCCAACCUACAAGAAGUAAUUACCAACAGAAGGUACUAAUCCGGGAAGGCUAUGUAGCACCAUGACCUACAAGAACCUUCAAUUUUUAUUCCUAAGAAUGUAUGGAGCAGCAUGAACCUAUACAAAAAUGUGAGAAACUGCUUGGUAGAAUGACAAGUGCAGUUACCAACACGAUAAAGUAUUUUAUAUAGAAAGGGAAAGAAUGGCAUGAAAACUGGAAUAUGUCAAGACUAAAACAUUACUUACAGGUAAAAAGUUUCCAUGCCUUCCAAAUCAGACAGAACUGAGAGAAGCUGCCUGCUUAUACAUUUGAUACAUAUUCUGCCUGCUUACUGUAUUUAUUUAUAUAUACAAGAGUUCUUACAUUCUUGUACACGUAGCGUUUCGGGCAAGUAAUCCUAUGUUCCCUAGAAUACGACGACCCCUGCGAAGAAUCGUUUUUACAACCAAGUACCCAUUUUACUGUCGAGUUAAACAGAGGCUACAGUUAAGAAUUUGCGCCCAGUAAAUCCUUCCUGGCCAGGAUACGAACCCAGGACAAAGCUCUCGCGGAAAGCCGGGCAAACAUCUUACCACUACGCCACGGAGACUGUUAUGUACUUAUAUACAUACUGCUCUGUACUUAUGAAUGAACUGCUUGGAGGACAACCUUUAGAAGAAAGAAGCCAUGACCUGUAUUCAAUUCGAAAUAAGUAACGUAGUAGAAUCUAUAUUGUUGAGACUACUCAAUUGCCACAUUGUGUUUGGAGACAAAAAUAUGCUUUCUAGUUCUGUGCAAUCUAUACAUCCACCAUCUGAAUUCAUGCAGGUUCAUACAGAUAUGAAUUCCAAACAUUAAUGUCCCCUCAGCCACACAAAGGCUGGCUAUAAAGCCCCAAACACAAAUGUGUCAGUGAAGCGCUUGCUUGAUUGAGGAAGAAGUCAUCAGGAACAGAGUCGAGAAAUACCUCCUUAGGAAACCCCUGAGUCUUCACAAGGUAAUUCCUUUAGCAUAAAGGUGAAGACUGAAAAAAAUGCUUUCAGCCAAAUCAUGAAACUUUGGUAAACACCAACUAAAAAUUACAAAGGCAUUUUUAAGAACUGUGAAAAACUGCACUCUCCCAGAUCUAUCUGAUGAUGAGAAACUAAAUGAACUAACAAAAGGCUCUGGAAGGAAAACCAUGACAUCAAAAACUGUAUCUACAUCAGCUUCUGUGAAAACUGGAGCUGGAAUUUUGCAUUAUCAAGUCUGAUAAACAUCCUUGGGGUUAGAUUUAGCUCAAACAGAAGUCUGAAAAUGGAAGGUGUUAUCAAUGCUGACCCUGGCCCAAACCCUAAGCUGAAAGUGUAGGAAAGGCACAGCACAGAGAACCCAGAAGUACACAAAUAACAUGUUUCUUACACAUGGAGUAUUAUAAUACUAAAUAGCUUCAAAAGAUGGAAAACAAAAACACAAACAAAAAAACUUAACUGAACUGGUUCUUGUCUGCUACACCUGUCACCUGUCUCAGCUGGGAAGAAUGUGAGGAUAAUUAGGUCAAGGAACAUGGUUGUAGAAUUGGUACUGCCACCUGGUGGCAGUCUGUGGAGGCAGCUGAUUCAGCUAACUGGUAGUUAGUGCUCCUUGGUCAUCAACUGUGAUGCAAAGAAAUUUUUACAAAUGUGCAUUCUAGCAGUCAUUCCAAACCAUUCCAAACAAGUUGAAUGCUCCCCCACUACCUGCACAACUAUGAAGGGACAUUUAAAAGGUAGCUUUUGACACCAGUAUGUAAUGUCGACCUGUUCUGACUGUCUUGACUCUGUCCCAUGGAUCCAGAAGGUUUACCUUUGUGAUCAACUGAGUGCAAGAAUAUUGUGUCAAAAUGUUCAUAAAUAAUUAGUCUUGUCAAUUGACAAAGAGCUGCUGAGUUUAUAAAAGCUUAGAAACAUUAAAAACUGUGUCACCUACUGUAUUUUACAGAAAAGGAAGGGAAUUAUCAGGGAAAAGUGCCAAGCCACUAUGACUAUACAGGUACAGCAAUUAUUUUUUUUUACAAAGAUUCAUUUUACCAAAUAGUGUUUCUUCAGAUUAUCUGAUUUGACUGUCAUUAACAGUUUAUCAAUUUGACUAUCAUUAACAAAUAACAGUUUAUCUGGGUUUAUCUGGGUUAGGGUUAACACAAAGACUAGAAACUGUAUACAGUAUUACAAAAGUAUACAGUAUCCUGUACUGUAUAUAGGAUAAAUUUUCACAUUCAACCUUAAUUUAUAAUAACUGUACUUGAGAAAGCUAAUAAAUAAUUUUGUAUUUUGUUAAAUGAUGGCUUAUAUUGACUUCCUUUACAAUAUACGUUAGAAAGUACAGGAUAUAAAAAUCAAUAGUCAAUUGCAAACAUUAUGUUCUAACAAAAAUUAAUUAGAGGUGCAGUAUCUAUAUAUAUUCAUUUAACUUUCUAUCAGUAUUAAAUGUAUUAUGUUUUGUACCAUAGUUGCCAUAAAAUCUGACUGUUUA